CUUAGGACGAGUAGGAGGCAAAUGCUGCCCCAGCUGUUUCCUGUUGAAAAUGUCUGUGUAAUGUAGAUAAAUGUGAGGGAUUUUCUCUCUAAAUCCGUCUCCUGUUCGCUAAAUCUCACUUCUCCAAAACGAGCCUGCGCAAUGGAACAAAGUCGGAAUAUUGAGAUGUGACAUUGCCCGCAUCUCAUCCUCUUUCUCCCCGUUUUUAAUGACUUCAAACAAGUUCAUUUUCGCCGGGCUUUGUCUUGCGGAGACCCGUGGGGAUGUCUAGCGCUCUUUCUUUUCAGUGGCAUUUAUGUGAUGUCUUCAAGAGUGCGAUGUGCUGUAUCUCCUGUAGCCACACCCUCUCACUACUGCUGUGCGUCCUCACCCUGACUCCGACGGCAACAGGGGCGGGCCCAGAGACCCUGUGCGGGGCGGAGCUGGUCGACACGCUGCAGUUUGUGUGUGGAGAGAGAGGCUUUUAUUUCAGUAAACCAACAGGCUACGGGCCAAAUGCACGGCGGUCACGCGGCAUCGUGGACGAGUGCUGCUUCCAAAGCUGUGAGCUGCGACGCCUGGAGAUGUACUGUGCACCCGCCAAGACUAGCAAGGCUGCUCGUUCUGUGCGCGCACAGCGCCACACAGAUAUGCCAAGAGCACCCAAGGUUAGUACCGCCGGGCACAAAGUGGACAGAGGCACAGAGCGUAGGACAGCACAGCAAGCAGACAAGACAAAAAACAAAAAGAGACCUGCAGCUGGACAUAGUCAUUCAACGUUUAAGGAAGUGCAUCCGAAAAACUCAAGUCGAGGCAGCACAGGGGGCAGAAAUUACCGAAUGUAGGGAAGGAACGAAUGGACAAAUGCCCAGCGACUUGGGAAGAGAGAAGGGAGUGGCCUUACCUGGUACCCCUGUGGAAUGGUUCACUGUAAAACAAAAACAACAAGGAGGCCAACAAUGGUCCGAACACUCUUAGAAGUAAUUGAGAGCUAAGAGGUGUUUGAGGUUUUCGAUGAUGGUUCUUGUGAUUAUUUUAAUACACUGCACCAUUCCAUAUAGGGAGGAAUUCUUUGUUAAUGCAAUGUAACAAACUAGUUUAGCUGCUGAGACACGAACAAGAGCUUAUUUUACCUCCACGUGUGAGCUGCAGCGUCCUCUGGCUCCAGGAAAAGGUGUAAACGGAUGUGGGCUUCAGCCAAUCAGAGAGCAGCAGGCUUGAGAAUUUGUGGUCAGUUCUGUCCUUCAAACUUUGCAGAGCUAAAUCUUUUUAAUCAAGAUAAAAUAUUUUAUUUUUAUGCACCAUGCAUUACUGAGGUUGUUUUUUUUUCCAUAAGUAAAACCGAGGUUGUCUUUACAGGACGAAGACCAGGUGGUUCAGUAUUAGUUAUUUUCACAAUUAGCCCGAGUCAAAUCUCUACUUUUCAUUGACAAAAAAGCAGGGUUCUUCUAUCCAAGUGGAAACCUUGAGGGUUUGAGUGUGAUCCAAAUCCCGUCUAAGCUUCAGGAAGUGUUGAGAGCCUGAAAAACACAAUCCAAAAACUUCUGUAACAACAGAACAAGCGCCAUUAGCGGGGGGGGGGGGGGGGGGGGAUUUUAAAAGGAACAGUGAGUACUACCAAAACACCGUUGUGAUUAACCAAAAAAAACUUAAAUAACCAGAAGCUAAAUUGAAUUUAAAUUUCUCUGGCUUGUUAGAACGUGGUGCUUGUGUGGUUGUCAGAAAUGGGUCAAUCAGUGAAAUCAAAGUGCAUUUGGCAAAAGUCAGUGGAAUAAGUCAAAUAUCGACAAUCAGGCAAAAUGUUUGUCGUCUGCAUCGGUUUCACAUGUCGCCACUGUGGCCAAAUCCAAUUUUUUUUUUUUUGGUCAACAAUCCAGUGGCCGGUGAUCAACAUUUGAGUUUGAGAGGAGGCCUGUGUUCAAGGUCAAGCGCGAGUCAUCAAAGUUUAGUCACAGCAAGUCAACAAAGAUUCAAAUUCAGUGAAAAACCUUUCAGCAACAUGUUAGUUUAAGAGAGGCUUUAUCAAAAAGCUUCACCAGUAGAAAGUAUAUCGAUUGAAAUAUCUUGGUCUGUGUCAUUUUGUUAGUUUACAGAGGCCAAGAAUUCUUCUCGCUUUAGUUGUUGGUUGUUCUGCGUUGCUUUCAAUCAGUGCAAGAAUACAAAGAAAAUCUGCGUCCGUUUGCGAAAUCCAACAAAGACAAAACACAAAAAGAUAACAUGAUUUGGUACAUAUUGCACACCAAAACGGCGAGUCUUCCUGUAAAUGUGAGAUACGGCACACACAUAACAGAACACAAACACACCUACAAAGCACCCACAGUGUAAAUGAGAGUUGUGUAACCAUGAGCAAGGGUCAGGCGAACACAAACACAUGUUUCAUAAAAAAGCAGUUCUAAGAAAUUCUUGCAUGGGGACUGACAGUCAUGCCUGUUUGUUCAAGCCUCUGUGUGGAUUUACAGUAAUUUUAUCUCACACACACACACACA